GCACCGUGGAGGAGCCAGUAGAAAAUGGAUGGUGGGUGAGGUGGCGUUGCUGUAUGGGGGAGGAGGCAGGGAGGUGGGCGAGGGGGUGUUGUUGUGGAGAGCUGGUGGAGGAGGAAGAGAGAAAUGGGAAGGAAGAUGUGGAGAUGGAGGAGAGUAGGAGUUCCUCGCCUUUGGAGGGUGUACAGGAGGAACCCGGGCCUGUGUUGGAGCCCCAGCCUUAUUGGUUUCACACUCUCCAGACUAAACGCUCACGAAUUCGGCGUGAACGCAGUAACAGUGAUCCUCUGGGAGAACGGCAAAGUCAGGAGGGCUUCACCUGGAGGCCAGGUCUACAGUUUGGCGUGAUGAACUCAUAUGUCAGCCUGGAGAAACUGGGGGAGGGGUCAUAUGCGUCCGUUUUUAAAGGCAUUAGCAGAAUCAACGGCCAGUUGGUGGCACUUAAAGUCAUCCGCAUGAAGACAGAUGAGGGCGUGCCCUUCACUGCCAUUAGAGAAGCGUCUCUCCUGAAAGGUCUCAAACAUGCCAACAUUGUCCUCCUCCAUGAUAUCAUCCACGGUAGUGACUCCCUCACCUUGGUCUUUGAAUAUGUGGUAAGUGGGUUUUCUGUUGAACACACACACACAGGACACUCUUACUGUUGCGUAACUCCUAAACAGCAGACAGACCUGGCGCAGUAUAUGUCCCAGCACCCCGGAGGUCUCCAUUCCCACAACAUCCGGCUCUUCAUGUUCCAGCUACUACGUGGUCUGUCAUUCAUCCACGGACGGCACAUCCUUCACAGGGACCUGAAGCCCCAAAAUCUGCUCAUCAGUCACCUGGGAGAACUCAAACUAGCAGACUUUGGUUUGGCCCGCUCCAAGUCCAUCCCAAGUCAGACGUUCUCCUCAGAGGUGGUCACGCUGUGGUAUCGCCCGCCUGACGUGCUGCUAGGUUCUACCAAUUACUCCACAGCUGUAGACAUCUGGGGGGCAGGAUGCAUCUUUGUUGAGAUGCUUCAGGGGGCGCCAGCCUUUCCAGGAAACAGUGAUGCCCUGGAGCAACUGCACAAGAUCUGGAUGGUGUUUGGGGUCCCAUCUGAGCAGCUCUGGCCUGGAGUCAGCCAGCUGCCGCUCUACCAGCCAGACAAGUUUGUACCCAGAGAACCGAAGGCACUUCGGAACACUUGGAAGAGGUUGCAGCAGCUCCCCAAUAAAACAGAAGCUCUGGUGCAGCAGUUGUUGACUCUGGUUCCUGAAAACCGACCCUCUGCAUCAAAGGCUCUUCAACACCAGUACUUCAGCACACUGCCGCCAGCUGUCCACCACCUGAGAGACACUGUUUCUGUCUUCAAAGUCCCUGGCGUUCAUCUGGAGACAGAGGUCCACGAUCUAUGCAUUCCAGCUCGCAAAGUAAGACCAUCACUGCUGCAGGUGGCAAAACGCUGGUGACAAGCUCUGCCAUGACUUUGAUGAGACUAGAAGUUUUUUUUUUUUAAUCAAAAUAAAGUUAAAAAAAAAAAAACAAGAAAAAGAAGAAAAUGCGGACAGGAAUUCUCACUAUCACUUUCCCUUUAAUUUAAAAA